CAAUAUACUGUACUGAACAUACAAUAUCUACUAUGCUGAACAUAUUUACUGUACUCCUACUCUACUGAGCUGUAUACUGAGCUAUGCUGUGAUGUCCAAACUUGUGAAACAUAGACAUCUAUGAUUGUUUCAGAUUUGGUCUGGUCGGUACCAACCAAAUGUGAUCUUGUUUGGAGGCGGAACUCAUUACAAUGAUAGCAAGUGUGUAGAAUAAUACCCAAAUAUGCAAAAUAAGGAUAUUGCAUAUUUUUACCUUCUGUGUAGCUAUGUAGAAUAAUGAUAUUCAUAUCCAUAAUAACGCAUUUUUGUAUAGUACAGAUUAGGGACAAAUGAUGGAAUUCCGUUACCAGAUGUAAAUCAAUUUCAAUUGACAAAAUAUUUGUCAUGUCAUAGCUGACACCCCAUUCUUUCUGCAGACAACUUUGAAUCAUCAUUUGGAGCAGAUAUUUGGAAAACGUGGUUCCAGAUUUUUUUCGCGGGAUAUUUUACCUUAAUUGUUUUACCAAAUGUUGCAUCUGCACAGUUCUUCCAGUAAAUAUGUUUUUGUGAACUAUUAUGUGUAAAUCGUUCGAAGUAGUCCUUGUUAAUAGUUUUAUGAUUUAAAAAAACAACUUUGAAAUCAAUGUUUUUUGUUUGGCAUACAUCUCAAAGUGAAACGUCGGAGUGAAAGCGUACUUCCGGUACCAUGGAAUUGCCAGAGUAUGGCCCUUGAUCAAAUAGCUACUAAUUUCAGACAUGACAUGCAAAUGUAAAUCUCUGAAACACUGUGCCAGCUAUCCAAUAAAGGUUGAGCCGCAAAGGUAUGCAACCACACUGUUGAUUGUGAAACUAUAGCCUAAUACAUGCACACCAGCUACCUAAUCCAGUAGUACUUUUUGACUAAAGAUUAUUAAAGCCAACGGCAAACGCAGAAACACACCACCUGACCUGCCUGCCCCCGGGUCGUGGAUUAACGCCGCCCUAUGGCCAAUAAUUGAAUGGAAUUCACCAAAGUAAUUUGAUGAAGACUCGCUGCAGAAAGAAUAGUCUAUUUGAUCAUUUGUACGAAAUAAGCCUAUGUGACCUUCAGUAGAGUCAAGAUGACUUAUUUGCACAUCCUGGUACUGGUUAACGUUGUUCUUCCACGUAGACAACACAUUCUGUUUGAGAGUAUCAAAACGGCAAGUGAUUACUUUUGCUCUCUAAGCAAGAUGAUGGUUGGUGUGUCCCCACGUGACUUUUGCCCUUUCAGCCCUUGGAUGGAGGCCCACAGCUCAAGCCGGUCAAGCCUGUCCAGGAAGAGGAGGAGAGAUGGAUCCAAGGGAGAAUCCGAGGAGGUAGAGCGGCCAGGGAAAGUCCCAAAAUCCACCGUGGGUUUAAAAGAUCCCGCCUCCUUUGCUGAUGAGCUGGAGUCUGCUGAGGACACUCCAUACCUGCGAGUCAGCAUGGAGGAGGCCAAGAGGGGAACUCCAUUUCAAAGGCCAGUGCGGGUCUAUGCAGAUGGCAUCUUUGAUGUGUUCCACUCAGGCCACGCCCGGGCACUCAUGCAGGCCAAGGGCCUCUUCCCCAACACGUACCUCAUCGUGGGCGUGUGUAGUGACGACCUGACGCACAAGUUCAAGGGGUUCACAGUGAUGAACGAGGAUGAGCGCUACGAUGCAGUCAGCCACUGCCGCUACGUGGACGAGGUCGUCAGGAACGCGCCCUGGACGCUAACGCCCGAAUUCCUCGCCAAGCACCGAAUCGACUUUGUUGCCCAUGACGACAUCCCAUAUACAUCAGCAGGCCAGGAUGACGUUUACAAGCACAUCAAGGAGGCGGGCAUGUUUGCCCCCACCCAGCGGACGGAGGGCAUCUCCACCUCGGACAUCAUCACACGCAUCGUCCGCGACUACGACGUGUACGUGAGACGCAACCUGCAACGCGGCUACACUGCAAAAGAGCUCAACGUCAGCUUCAUAAAUGAGAAGAAGUACCACCUGCAGGAGCGUGUGGACAAGGUGAAGAGGAAGGUGCGUGACGUGGAGGAGAAGAGUAAAGAGUUUGUGCAGAAGGUGGAGAACAAGAGCAUCGACCUCAUCCAGAGGUGGGAGGAGAAGUCCCGGGAGUUCAUCGGCAACUUCCUGCAGAUGUUCGGCCCCGAGGGAGCACUGAAGCACAUGUUGAAGGAGGGCAGGGGCCGGAUGCUGCAGGCCAUCAGCCCAAGACAGAGUCCCAGCAGCAGUCCCACCCGUGAGCGCUCUCCCUCCCCCGUCUUCCGCAUGCCCUUCUUAAACAAGGCCUUGGCCUCACCCCACCACAGUGCUGCACGGGGAUAUACCGUCAGUGAGGAUGAUGACGAGUCCUACGAAGGUUAGGGCUCCCAUUUCUCGCGUUUGUUAAUCCUGCUCUUCGGUCCAUCGACAGUAUCAGCGUUCAAGCCCCUCCAACCAAUCAUCAGUAUAGCGUUGUCCCUCACUUCAUUUUUUCACUCCUUUUAAAUUGCUGGUGUCCAUUUCAUUUGUACUGUACCACAUCAGUCAGAGGGGGGUUAAUGCAGAAUUAUUUUUUGACAGCCGAUGUUGCAUUUCUCACCGCUAGGAACAUUUUAUAGAUAUUAUUUUGAUGCACGCUUCCUACUCAGGAUGUUAUAACCUUAGUGGGUAGAUUUUUAGUUACCCAUGAGUUUAGUGGGAAAUUCAGUUUUGUCUUCGGUGCACUGUUGCAUUCCUCCACAGAUUAUCUGAAUAUAGUAACCAUCAGUCCCUUGAGGAUUCCCCCUCUGAGUGUUUGUUUGCUUCUGUGAGUGUGUAAACUGCUAGUAUGUGUAGGCAUCUCGAUGUCCUCCAUCCAUGGACUCAGCUUGACCUUUUUGCACAUUAUAAUAAUACUAAUAGUUGGUCUCACUCGAGGUCAGUCGUUGGACAGAGGUUUUCAAAGCAUAGUGCCCAGCAUUUAACUAAAGAACUGGAUCUUGUUCAGUAGGGCUCAAGAGAACUUGUUUUCAGGAGGUUCUAGCUGAACCCAAACACUUGUGUGCAAUAACGAGACCUCGUUUUAAAAAUGACUACAUAUGUAAUACAAUUUUAUCCGUUACAUAUCUCCCUCCUGUAGUUGGGAUCCCUUGAUUUUGGCUGUUGACCCAACCCUUGCUAGUCUUUGUGGCAGCAAAGCAGGUGGUUUUAUUUCCUAUAUAAUUAUUUUAAGCAUAUUAUCGUAACCAUGUUGGAUUGUCUAUACAGUAUAAGGGAUGAUAAAAUCCAUUAAAAUACUGCUUCUCAUUAGGGCAUGUCUAUAUAUAUAUCUCUCUCUCUUGGUAGCAAGAGUUUUCUGAUCUAUAAGAAGCCAGUACUAACCUUUAACUAUCUGUCAGAUACAAAAUGUACCUAGCUUUAAGUACAUUGUUUUAAACAUUUUAUUGUUUGGGUUGAGUUUGUUUAGCUCCUGAAUGUGCAGGCAUGAGAUCCCAGGGAACAUGUCAAUGGAAUAAAAAAAAACUUUAAAAAACUUCAA